UCAAUGGAAGCGGUACCAUAUAUUCAAGGGAAGGUCUUUGGAAUCCCUCAUUCUUCGGCAGAAGAAGCUCUUUCCUUCUCUUCCUCUGAAUCAGAUCUUCUCUCCCUUUCUACUUCAAAUUCAAAAAAGAAAAAGAAAAAGACCAAGAUCUUCUCUUUCUUUCUCUCUACUCGUUCUGAAGCACAAAAGCCAGUGACCAGCAGAGAGGUUGUGUGAAAACAAAUAAAAAUGGUGAAGAUUUGUUGCAUCGGAGCUGGUUAUGUCGGUGGGCCUACCAUGGCUGUGAUUGCCGUGAAGUGCCCUGCAAUUGAAGUAGCUGUGGUUGAUAUAUCUGUAUCGCGGAUAAAUGCCUGGAACAGCGAGCAGCUUCCCAUUUACGAGCCUGGCCUUGACGAUGUGGUGAAGCAUUGCAGAGGAAAGAACCUUUUCUUCUCUACUGAUGUGGAGAAACAUGUUGCAGAGGCUGACAUAGUCUUUGUUUCGGUUAACACCCCUACCAAAACCCAGGGCCUUGGAGCUGGCAAAGCAGCUGAUCUGACCUAUUGGGAAAGCGCUGCUCGAAUGAUUGCCGAUGUAUCAAAAUCUGACAAAAUUGUGGUUGAGAAAUCAACAGUUCCGGUGAAAACAGCUGAGGCAAUAGAAAAGAUCCUGGGCCACAAUAGCAAGAAGAUCAACUUCCAAAUUCUCUCCAACCCGGAAUUUCUUGCUGAGGGCACUGCAAUUCAAGACCUUUUCAAUCCCGACAGGGUCCUUAUUGGAGGUAGGGAGACCCCAGAAGGUGCAAAGGCGAUACAGGCAUUGAAAGAUGUUUAUGCCCAUUGGGUCCCUGUAGAACGUAUAAUUUGCACCAAUCUUUGGUCUGCUGAGCUUUCUAAGCUUGCUGCCAAUGCCUUCUUGGCACAGAGGAUCUCUUCUGUGAAUGCAAUGUCAGCACUUUGUGAGGCAACCGGUGCAGAUGUCACUCAAGUGUCGCAUGCUGUCGGCAUGGACUCAAGAAUUGGGCCCAAGUUCUUUAAUGCCAGUGUUGGUUUUGGUGGUUCUUGCUUCCAGAAGGACAUCUUGAACCUGGUCUAUAUCUGUGAGUGCAAUGGCCUUCCCGAGGUAGCAAAUUACUGGAAACAGGUUAUUAAGGUGAACGACUACCAGAAGACACGGUUUGUGAACCGGGUGGUCGCCUCAAUGUUCAACACAGUCUCUGGUAAGAAGAUUGCAAUUCUUGGGUUUGCUUUCAAGAAAGACACUGGUGAUACCAGGGAGGCCCCAGCCAUUGAUGUGUGUAGAGGGCUGUUGGGUGACAAAGCCUGUCUGAGCAUAUAUGACCCGCAGGUGUCUGAGGAUCAGAUCCAAAGAGAUCUUUCAACGAAGAAGUUUGAUUGGGACCAUCCAAUUCAUCUUCAGCGAUCGAGCCCUACUUAUGUGGAACAAGUUAGUGUUGUUUCGGAUGCUUACGAGGCAACAAAGGAUGCUCAUGGUGUCUGCGUUCUGACUGAGUGGGAUCAAUUUAAGAAGCUUGAUUACCAGAGGAUUUACGAUAAUAUGCAGAAGCCUGCAUUUGUUUUCGACGGCCGGAAUAUUGUGGAUGCGGAGAAGUUGAGGGAAAUUGGUUUUAUCGUCUACUCUAUUGGUAAGCCACUAGAUGCGUGGCUCAAGGACAUGCCCGCAGUGGCAUAAAAAUGAGAAGCAAGCAAGCAUAAUCUGCAGUGGCUGGCUUGCGGUUGGCCGCCGAGGUGGAAUUGAUAUUUGUGUGUGGAUUGUGGUUCUAUAAUAUUUUUUUUCUAAGUUUCGGGUCUAUGUUUUAUCCUACUUUUUUCUUUUUCUCGUUAAUGGGUUUUAAGACACUGUAGUUUCUGAAUCUGUCUCUAGCUAGUAGCAAAAUCAGUGUAUGUUCUUUAUAUGAGAUAUUAGUGUAAUAAAAACAGGAAAUUUUAUUUUCA